GCAAAAAGCUGUGAGAAAAAAAAUGCUGAAGCCAUGUCCUCUCUCCUGCUUGCUCUUCAUCUUCUUCUUCGUCUUCUUCAUACCCAAACUAUCUUUCUCUUGCCCACAAGACCAAAGACAAUCCCUUCUCGAGUUCAAGAACUUGCUGAUGACUCACAAUGUCAAGAACCAUUCCAUAGCAGAAAUCGACUUAAUGGAACGUUUCAUGACAUGGAGGCCAAACUCAGAUUACUGCAUAUGGCAAUUUGUGAGAUGUUCGCCUUCCAGAGAAGUCACACACCUAAAUCUGAGCUCUCUUGGCAAGACGGACUUCAUUUAUACGCAGAACACGGUCUCAGUGAGUUUUAGCUUUCUGAGACCGGUCCUGCGUAUAAAUUCUCUCGUUAUGCUUGAUAUCUCGUCUAAUUUCAUACAAGGAGAGAUUCCUGGGGAUGCGUUUGUGAACUUGACCAGGUUGAUCUCUCUUGACAUGAGUUAUAAUAACUUUCUUAGCUCUAUCCCUCCUAAAUUGUUCUCUUUGAAAACUCUUCAGUAUCUUAACAUAAGCCUGAGUGGUUUUGAAGGAGAGAUGCAUGGAGAUGCGUUUUUGAACUUGCCAAGGUUGAUCUCUCUUGACAUGAGUUAUAAUCUCUUUAACGGCUCUAUCGCUCCUAAAUUGUUCUCUUUGAAGACUCUUAAGUAUCUUAACUUCGGCGUGAAUGAUUUUGGAGGAGAGAUUCCUGGAGAUGCGUUUGUGAACUUGACCAGCUUGAUCUCUCUUGACAUGAGUAGGAAUAGCUUGAACGGCUCUAUCCCUCAUGAAUUGUUCUCUUUGAAGACUCUUCAGCGUCUUGACUUAAGCAACAAUGUUAUUGGCGGUACAUUGAGUGGUGACAUCAAAGAGCUCAGGAAUCUGCAGGAACUGAUCUUAGAUGAGAAUCUCAUCGGUGGAGACAUUCCUCCAGAAAUAGGUAGUCUUGCCGAACUUCGGGAGCUGAGUUUGAGGAAGAACAAGUUCAAUGGUUCUAUACCGUUGUCGGUAUCAUGUACUCCAAUGGGCUGUGGAAGUAACAAAAAUUAGUACUCAUAAAAAAUAUAUCUAAAAUAAAAUUUCCUUUUAACAAACUUUCUUUUUUUUUUUUCAACAAACUUUCUUCUAUCAUAAUUCAUAAGCUUGUAACGAAAGAAAAAUGUUAAUUAUGAUGAUUACAGAAACAAAAGGUUGAUAAUAAAUUAAAAUUUAAUUA